AUGAAGCGCAAAAUGUCGGCCGAUCGAGGGAUAUUUGCUCCUGUGCGUGAAGACUCCAUGGAUCAUUUGGUCGGCCCCGGUGUUCCCAACAGCAUGGAAGUCGACGGUGACGCUCCAGCAUCCAAACGGCGUGGGUCUGCGCUUCUUCCGACCCACUUCAACCAAAUGACCCUCGAAAGCCGGCUCGAUACUCGACGGAACUCUGUUCCAAGCUGGGUGGUGAACGAAGGACGUCGGGAGUCCGCACCUUCUCUAUUCCCUCCCAUUAACCAUAACCCAUCAUUACCUCCCCCAAUCAGCAGCAACGACCCUUCUUCAACUCAUAUCCCCAGUUUCAACCACUUUUCUUGGGCAAACUCAUCGGACCGCACCUCUUCCCGAGCCCCUGUGAACGGAAACGGCACCGACCAUGGCACCAACCGCCAUGUCGAUACUAUUGGGCCUCUGCACCCAGUUCCUCCUUUCAACUUCCAGCCUGGCCGUCGCAUGUCUGUACCGGACCUUGCAUUUGGUCGUAGCUCUCGUCCUAUAUCCCGCCCACCCUCUAGACAAGAUACAUCCUCGAGUUCUCAAUCGACUUCAGGAGCACCAACCUCGAAUUCCCAAGAAGGCACUCCUCAACCUACUACGCAACCGUCAAAGCCGAAAGAAUCAACGACCCCGUACUCUCGUUCUCCCGAACUUCGCAUCUCCCACAAGCUGGCGGAGAGGAAGAGACGAAAGGAAAUGAAGGAACUGUUUGAUGAUCUCCGAGACCACCUGCCUUCUGACCGUGGUAUGAAGGCAAGUAAAUGGGAGAUCCUCACCAAAGCCAUUGAAUAUGUCUCGCAGCUGAAGACGUCUCAGCAGUCGUUAAUGACGGAAGUCGAGAACCUACGGCGGGAGAACGAGAGUUUGCGCCAAGGAACUAUGGCAGGAUUCGGUGCUCCUGGUGGUCCGCCACAGGUGUUGGUGUAUGGGCAAGGUGCCCCUCCAUUUCCAUCACAAUUCCAACCAAACUCUAUCCAACCAUCCCUUCCUCCGCCCUCUGGGGCUCCCCACCAUACCCAUUCCACCGUGAAUCAUGUUAUUACGCAAAACGGUCACCGAACGGAUGCAGGUCUUCCUUCUUCAUGA